AUGGCACGGCAACAGAAUUCUAAUCAAGAAUGUAAGAUUACGUCAGCAGCCGUCCAACUCAUCAACCCAAAUUCUGAGGUAGCAAGAAGAGGUCAGGCUCUUCAAAUAAACAUCACAGCCGCCAUAGGCCUGCAAGAUGUAUUAAAGACGAAUUUGGGUCCCAAAGGAACAAUUAAAAUGUUGGUCGAUGGCGCCGGGAACAUCAAGAUCACCAAAGAUGGCAAAGUUCUAUUGAGCGAAAUGCAAAUACAAAAUCCAACUGCAGCCAUGAUUGCCAGAGCCGCCACCGCGCAAGAUGAUGUCACCGGUGAUGGCACAACAUCGGUCGUUUUGUUAGUAGGGGAAUUGAUGAAGCAGGCCGAAAGAUAUAUUUCAGAGGGGUUGCACCCCAGGAUUAUCACCGAGGGAUUUGACCUAGCAAGAAAAGAAGCUCUCGAGUUCUUGGACAAGUUCAAGAUUGAAAGAGCCAUCGACCGGGAAUUGUUAAUUAACGUAGCUCGUAGUUCUUUGCGUACAAAAGUUCACGCCGCUCUCGCAGAUUCUUUAACGGAGGCGGUUGUGGAUGCAGUGCUGGCCAUCAAACGCGAUAAUGAGCCCAUCGAUCUACAUAUGGUAGAAAUCAUGAAAAUGCAACACAAGACAGCGACCGAUUCUUGCUUGAUUCGUGGACUUGUCUUGGAUCACGGUGCCCGUCACCCUGAUAUGCCAAAACGCGUCGAAGAUGCAUACAUAUUAACCUUGAACGUUUCUUUGGAAUAUGAGAAAAGCGAAAUUAAUUCUGGAUUCUUUUAUUCAUCUGCCGAACAACGCGAAAAACUCGUCGAAUCGGAACGCAAGUUCACCGAUGAAAAAGUCAAAAAAAUUGUGGAGCUGAAAAAGCAGGUGGUUGGUGAUAGUAAAAAAGGAUUUGUUGUAAUUAAUCAGAAAGGAAUCGAUCCGUUGUCACUGGACAUCCUUUGCAAAAAUGGAAUACUGGCAUUAAGGCGUGCCAAAAGAAGAAACAUGGAGAGACUUCAGCUCGUGUGCGGUGGUGUUGCUCAAAAUUCAGUUGAUGAUUUGACGCCUGAUGUACUUGGGCAUGCUGGACUUAUUUAUGAGCACACACUGGGUGAAGAGAAAUAUACUUUUGUCGAUGAGGUGAAGGAUCCUAAAUCCGUUACUAUUUUGAUCAAAGGGCCCAACGCUCAUACGAUUGCACAGAUCAAUGAUGCAGUCCGGGAUGGAUUAAGAAAUGUUAAGAAUGCAAUUGAAGAUAAAUGUGUAGUACCAGGGGCAGGUGCAUUCCACGUCGCGAUUAGUUCACACCUAAAUAAGUACAAGGAUUCAGUUAAGGGACGUGCAAAAAUGGGAGUACGAGCGUUUGCAGAUGCGAUGUUGGUAAUACCGAAGGUUCUGGCAACAAACGGUGGAUUUGAUCCCCAGGACACUAUCGUCGCAUUACAGGAAGAAUACGCCGAAGGUCACAUAGUUGGAGUUGAUCUUAACACCGGAGAGACCUUAGAUCCUGUUCAGGAGGGAAUCUGGGAUAACUAUCGCGUCAUACGUAACAUGUUACAUUCAUGUUCUGUGAUCGCAAGUAACUUUUUACUGGUCGAUGAAAUGAUGAGGGCUGGAAGAUCAAGUUUGAAAAACGAUAAUAUUCAAAAUUAG